GCUUCCUUUUCCUUCGACCGGCGUGCCAGAAAACCCAUUUUGCUUUUGGGGUUGGAAAAGAAAUCCCGCACGGAUCCCGCGCACAUUCUUGUUUGUAUUGGAUGCAACGUAGACGAUAUCAUCUGUCAUCAUUUGGACACCCGAGUAUCUGAGCCGAGAGUGACAGCGAUCAUCCGUCUUUCAAGACCCGCAACACGAACAAUUGUGACGUUCAAAGUCGACUGGAACAAGUUACACGCACCGUGGAUUGAACAAUGGCAUCACAACCGCUAUCCAAACGGACCGCACCUUUGGAGCUCCGUCACCUGUCCGCCACUAAACUCUUGGAUCCUUCUGACCUGCGCAUCUCGACCGACUUGGGAAAUGAAGGCGAUAUGAGCGAGGAGAACAUCCCCAAUUACGACGGCGAUUGGAAUAAUGAGCCUACUUCUGCAGAAUACAAAAGGGAACGAGCUAAUGGGCGGCCGCGCAGCUAUCACAGUCCCAUAAAACAGGAUGACGCAGAAAAUGAAGAAGGGGAAAACGUUCAUCCGGAGACGAUCGGAGAGCAAGAAAAUGGCUCGACGGAUGAGAUCUCAGUCAACCAGUCGGUGCAAACCGCCGCAGCACGAGCUGCUGAACAUUCUUCCCCAAAACUAUCGUCUUCACCACCACCAAAAUAUCCUCCUGCUGAACCGCCAAAUCCAUAUCGACCGCAAGUUGGCCCGGCAGUCUACAAGCAGCUGCAACUGGAUGAUGAACAUGAAGAUCACGAUAUAGUAAUUCACCAAGAGUCUGACCUGGAUAUACAUUCCCCAGGGGUAGACGAGCUGCAUAGUUGGGGCAGACGAGGCGGACGAGACGCCCAGGAGGGCUGGCUCUAUAGAAAAUGGAAAGGAGUCCUAGAAAUGAUGUGCAUGGCCGUCCCAUGCGCACCAUAAUUAUGUCUUGUGUUCUGGAUAUGGUUGCAAGGCCAUUUUGUACCCUAGUUGUGAUUUGUAAAUAUAUGAUCAAGAAAUCA